AUGUGUUCAAAACCUUCGAUAUCGAAAAAAUAUUUUCAAAAACUUGAUCAGCGAAGUGUACCGUUACGUGGACAAGCCGUGCAAUUCUUUCUCACAUGUGUAACGGAUAAUUGGUCCAUAACCGUUGCCGAUAUUGAAUUUUUAAAUAUUUUAAUUGCUCGUUUCUUAUCAACAUUUUUCAAAUUUCUUGCUGUUUUAGUAACAAAGUUUAGUUUAAAACAUAGUACACAUUAUGCACAGCUCGGUGUUGAAGGUCUCACUGUCUGA